AUGUUUUGUGUUAGUCUGAACGUCGUAAGUCUGUUCAUUAUCUAUCUAUCUAUCUAUCUAUCUAUCUAUCUGUCAGUCUGUUCAUUAUCUAUCUAUUACAGUCUGUUCGUUUUAUCUAUCGCAGUUUAUUCAUUAUCUAUCUAUCUAUCUGUCUCGUUUUUCCUCUUCUCUCCUGUAUCCAUCAUUUCUUCAUUCUUGUUCUUUUAUAUUUUAAUUCUUUUAUUCUCUAGCGUUACAUUUCUUUUCUUUUUCUCUCCUCACCUGUCUCCAUCAUUCAUUCAUUCUUCGUUACAUUUCUUUUUUCUCUUCUCACCUGUCUUCAUCAUUCGUUCAUUCUUGUUCUUUUAUAUUUUAAUUCUUUUAUUCUCUAGCGUUACAUUUCUUUUUCCUCUUCUCUCCUCGUUACAUUUCUUUUUUUUUCUCUCCUCACCUGUCUCCAUCAUUCAUUCAUUCUUGUUCUUUUAUAUUUUAAUUCUUUUAUUCUCUAGCGUUACAUUUCUUUUCUUUUUCUCUCCUCACCUGUCUCCAUCAUUCGUUCAUUCUUCGUUACAUUUCUUUUUUCUCUUCUCACCUGUCUUCAUCAUUCGUUCAUUCUUGUUCUUUUAUAUUUUAAUUCUUUUAUUCUCUAGCGUUACAUUUCUUUUUCCUCUUCUCUCCUCGUUACAUUUCUUUUCUUUUUUCUCCUCACCUGUCUCCAUCAUUCAUUCAUCAUUCGUUACAUUUCUUUUUCUCUUCUCACCUGUCUCCAUCAUUCAUUCAUUCUUGUUCUUUUAUAUUUUAAUUCUUUUAUUCUCUAGCGUUACAUUUCUUUUUCCUCUUCUCUCCUGUAUCCAUCAUUUCUUCAUUCUUCGUUACAUUUCUUUUCUUUUUCUCUCCUCACCUGUCUCCAUCAUUCAUUCAUUCUUGUUCUUUUAUAUUUUAAUUCUUUUAUUCUCUAGCGUUACAUUUCUUUUUUCUCUUCUCACCUCGUUACAUUUCUUUUUCCUCUUCUCUCCUGUAUCCAUCAUUUCUUCAUUUUUGUUCUUUUUAUUUUAUAUUUUAAUUCUUUUAUUCUCUAGCGUUACAUUUCUUUUUUCUCUUCUCAACUGUCUCCGUCAUUCGUUCAUUCUUCGUUACAUUUCUUUUCUUUUUCUCUCCUCACCUGUCUCCAUCAUUCAUUCAUUCUUGUUCUUUUAUUUUUUAAUUCUUUUAUUCUCUAGCGUUACAUUUCUUUUUUCUCUUCUCACCUCGUUACAUUUCUUUUUUCUCUUCUCACCUGUCUCCAUCAUUCGUUCAUUCUUGUUCUUUUAUAUUUUAAUUCUUUUUUUAUUCUCUAUUCUUGUUCUUUUUAUAUUUUAUUCAUUUUCGUUACAUUUUUUUGUCUCCUCACCUGUCUCCAUCAUUCGUUCAUUCUUGUUCUUUUAUAUUUUAAUUCUUUUAUUCUCUAGCCGUUACAUUUCUUUUUUUGUCUCCUCACCUAUCUCCAUCAUUCGUUCAUUCUUGUUCUUUUAUAUUUUAAUUCUUUUAUUCUCUAGCGUUACAUUUUUUUUUUUUCUCUCCUCACCUGUCUCCAUCAUUCUUUUAUAUUUUAAUUCAUUCUUGUUCUUUUAUAUUUUAAUUCUUUUAUUCUCUAGAGUUACAUUUCUUUUUCUCUUCUCACCUGUCUUCAUCAUUCGUUCAUUCUUCAUUCUUUUAUUCUUUUCUUUUUUUUCAUUCAUUCGUUCAUUUCUUUUUUUUUCCUCUUUCUUGUUCAUUUUUAUUCUUGUUAUUUUAAUUUUUCUUUUAUUCUCUAGCGUUCUUGUUUGUUUCAUCCUUUUCUUUCUUCUUCAAUCUUUCUUUUUUCUUCAUAAAUCGCUCUUCUUCCUCCUUUUAACUAUCUUUCUUUCUUCUUUCUCUCUAUAUCUUUCUUUCUUCUUUCUCUAUAUGCCUUUCUUAACCUAUUUCUUCCACCAUCUUUCUUCCCUCUUUGUCUCUAUGACUUUUUUCCUUCUCUCUCCCAAUACGUUUUCUUCAUCGCCAUAUCUUUCUUCCUUCUGUGUCCCUAUUUCUUUCUUCCUUCUCUCCCCCUAUACUUUUUUUAAUUCUUUUUCCCUACACCGUUCUUUCCUCUUUCUCCCUAUCUAUUUCUUCCCUCUUUCUCCCAACAUAUUUGUUUUGUCUUUCUUCUUAUAUCCUCUGUUCUUCCUUCUCCCUAUAUAUUUCUUCACUUUUUUCUCUUUUUUCUUUCUUUCUUCCUGUAUCUUUCUUGCUAUAUCUUUCCUCCCUUUUUGUAUCUAUAUCUUUUUGUUUCUGUCUAUAACAGUCUUCUUUCUUUCUUCCUUUCUGUUCUCGUCUUUCUUCCAUUCGUAUCAUAUCUUUUUUCUUUUUCUUUACGUUUUUCUUUUUCUUCGGUUCUUUCUAUAA